CCGGCAAAGGGGUCGCGCGCGCAGACCCUGCAGCUCCUCGACCUCAGUCUCUUGCCUCGCUGACUUGGCUGAAGGAACUUCUUUUCUCUCUUUCUUUUGCAUUUUCUUUGUUAUUCGCACCAAGCAUACUACUGUAUGCGAUUCUUCUUGACAGUACAAAUAGAGGGCAUUUAGAACGAGGGAAUAUAAGAAAUGAUUUGAAGUGAUAGAGGUAUAAAAAAGACACACGUCGCAAGAACCAAGUGGCAAGGAGUCAGGAACUACACACAUCGUAAAAUCGACGAAAAAAAAAGUCGUCGCCAAACAAGACAUUAAUGCAAGAUGGCGACAUUCCCUGAAAAGAAGACGCAGCGCCAGUCUUGGUGGAUAAGCCUAGCUGUAGUGAUUUUCGUCAGCCUGCCUGCAACGACCAGCGCACAAGGACUACAAGACUAUCUGAAGCUCCGGGCCACCGUCAGCAGUCACACGCAGUCACUCCUCAUUCUGCGCGAAUAUCAGACUUUAACCGACAAGAUAUGGCGAUGGUACCAAGAUAUUCAGAAAGGCAAAGAGAAGGAUCUGGUCCCAAGCAGCAGCAACGCCGGCCAUUCUCGACUCCCGGAAGCGAGCGCCCAACAUCAGGACCUUCAGGAACAGCUGCUUUCCUUGCAGAAACAGUUCGAAGCGCGUCUCGACUCCCACAAAUUCGAAACACAGCUUCUCAAAGAGGAACUGGAGUCUCAAAAACUCAUAACCCGACAACUCCGACACGACCUCAUCACGCAGAAGGAGGUCGUGGCCCGCUUGGAGGACGACUUCUCCAAGAGCACGUGGAGCCUGGAGGAGCAGCUGGAAGAGGUGUCGGGGCAACUGGAGCGCGAGAGAAAUGCCACUCGGACGCUCAGGCACCAGCUGGACACGGCCGUCGCGGUGAGGUUGACGACCGAAGCGAGGGCCACCGCGGAGCUGGAAGAGAAGGUGGGUCAAGAAGGGUCACGCGAUAAACUCGGAGAUCUGUUGAUGUUCGUAAAGAAUGUUGUCGUGAGUGCCAACCGGAGCCUGGAUGACCUGCAUGCUGAGGUCAAGAGGUUGAGAGAUGACCAGAUAAAAACGGUGGCAUCAGAUAUGGCAUCCCUAUCCGCUAAACACGAGGGGGAUAGUCGCACUCUGAACGAGCACCUGAGAGAUCUGAAGGAGGAAGUCCGAGCAUUGAAUCAGAGCUUCUCCGGCGGUAACGAGGAGCAGCUGGAGCGCCGACUAGUUUCGUUCGACGAGAGGAUAACCAACCUGAGCACGCUGGACGCUCGUCUGGCCGGGCGGGUGAGCUGGCUCGAUGGAAUAACGCAGAGACUUCAGACUUCGGUGGACGACGCGAGACGGCGCUUGGACGCCAUGGACACGGCUGUGGUCGGCCUCAGGCAGGCGGGUAACGUGGCCGAAGAGCUCGCUAGGCAACGGGAAUCGGACCGGAAUCUGGAGGGCCGGCUCACCGUCGCUGUCCAGGACUUUGAGAGGAGAAUUACGUACCUGGAGCAGCGCGCAGAGAGGGCGGACGUCGGGGAAAUCAGCGAGGCUUGGCGCCCAGCUGAUCUCACGGCAUACGCCGGGGCGCAGGGAUACUCCUGGGCGGGAGCGUCCGCGAAUGGCUACUACGGAGCACGGGUCUUGUCUGGUACCACAGGCGCCCCUUGGGACAGAGGGAACCCCGGGACCCCGGGAGAAAGAGGAGCUCCUGGGGAAAGAGGGGCUCCGGGAAGAGCGGGAGAUGCAGGAAACAGAGGCAACCCUGGAGCCCCCGGUGGAAGGGGAGCACAAGGACCACGUGGGGCUCCAGGCGGAAGAGGAGCUCCAGGUGAGAGAGGGGCCCCAGGCGGCAGAGGAGCCCCCGGAGAGAGGGGCGCUCCAGGGGACAGAGGAGCUCCGGGUGAGAGAGGAGCUCCAGGAGGCAGAGGAGCCCCGGGCGAGAGGGGCGCCCCAGGGGACAGAGGAGCUCCAGGAGGCAGAGGAGCCCCUGGUGGCCAAGGCGCCCCUGGUGGCCAAGGCGCCCCCGGUGGCCAAGGCGCCCCCGGUGGCCAAGGCGCCCCCGGUGGCCAAGGCGCCCCGGGUGGCCAAGGCGCCCCGGGUGGCCAAGGCGCCCCCGGUGGCCAAGGCGCCCCGGGUGAGCCAGGGGCGUCUGGAGAGUCGGGCUGGAGAGGCAUUCCGGGCACGGCGGGCCGGCCCGGCGCGCGAGGCAGGCAGGGCGCGCGUGGGAGGACGGGGUCCCGAGGGUCGCCGGGGGCCCGGGGGAGUCAAGGGCCCGCGGGGGAGCCAGGAUAUCCAGGUUCCCCAGGGGAGAGAGGGCAGCCGGGGCCCCAAGGCCUGAGGGGCUACCCUGGGCCCGCUGGCUAAGGUGACACCCAGCUCCCCGGCCACACUGCCUGCGUCGUGUCCUAAUGUGUGUGAUGUCCUAGUCUACAUGGUGUCCUGAUAUGCGUGAUGUCCUGUCUGUGUGAUGUGCUCAGCUGAGCGAUGGCUUAGUCUGCGAUGUCCUUACCUGUGUGAUGUACUAGUCUGUGGGAUGUCCUGAUUUGUGUGAUGUCCUUUUCAAUGUGAUGCCCGGAUAUGCCUAAUGUCUUGGUCUGAGUGAUGUCAUUUUCUAUGUAAUGUCCUAGUCUUUGUGAUGUCCGAAUCCAGUGAGUUAUGUGAACAUGGUCUGUAAAUAUGUGAAGUCUUUAUUAACGUAGUGAAUAAGUUUGUUUCUUCAAAGACGUUUUGUACCAUCAUUUAUAUGCGUAAAUGUUCGGUAAAAUACCAUUGAUAUUUAGUAGUGGUUUCUACUACUUCGUUCACAGCCAGAGUGCUUUGGUAUUCAACAAAAUUUAUAU